ACACUCGUACAGUCAGUUCGCGUUACGUACAAUUUCACGAGCGGUUGGAGAGUCUCGGGCAUCGAGUAGUGGUGGCUCGUCAGUCAUUCGGUUGAUACAAGAAAUCGCUCUGCCGUUGAUAGAAGCUAGUGAGAAGAUUCAUCGAAGAGAAAAUAAAAAAUUUGCAUGCAUUAUCGUUCGCGGUAAGAGGCUGCGAUGGGUGAAAUCGCUACUCGGGAAACUGAGUGGAUCGAGGAAACUUUAGUGCCAAAAAUAGCACAACGUUUUGGCCUGAAGGCAGAAAAUGUUCGUUGCAGUAUUUCGUUUCCGGAAAAUUGUUUUUUCAUCUCGUACGUAUGUUUCGUGGAUUUGGAGUUUGACAAAUCGAUCAAAACGGUUGGUCGAAAUAGUGAGAAACAAUUGAAAUUAGUGAUUAAAAAACUACCGUUGAAUCCGCUUCUCGUCAAGGAACUGAAACUGGUCAAACAGUUUCACAAUGAAAUAUUAUUCUACACGAAAUUCGCUAGUGGCAACCCGCGAUUUCCUCGGUGCAUCCACACCGACAAUGAUACCACGGAGGAUUCAGUCAUCGUAACCGAGAACCUGAGCACUCAGGGCUUCUCCAUUUGUCCUCAAACCCAUAACAUCCCAACUGAAUACAUCUUUUCGGCUGUCAAAGAAAUUGGCAAACUUCAUGCAAUCGCUUACGUAAUGAAGGAACGGGAAUCCGAAAGAUUUUAUAACAUCGUUAGCGCCAUUCAGGAACCGAGAUUGAACCCUGACGCCGAAUGGUUUGACAAGUACGUGAAUAUUAUUGCAACUCGUCCUAUCGACUGGCUUCGUCGCAAUAAUUAUGACAAAGAAUUUUGUAACAAGCUGGAAAAACACUUGGGAAAUGGAUUCGAGGAGAUAAUGUUGUACGCCAAAAGACCUGUUGAACCGAUCGCGACCCUGUGUCACGGUGAUUUCACCAGAAAUAAUAUUUUCUUUCGUAAUAUUAACGGAAAACUGGAAUCGAAGCUCUUCGACUUCGCUCUCAUAACGUAUUCCUCGCCAGCCAUUGACCUUUCGACGUUUCUCUAUCUAAACUGUUCGGCCGAUGACAGAAUUGGAAAGUUCAAUGAAAUUUAUCGCGCCUAUCACGACACGGUGAUGGAACAUUUGCGUGAUUCCGGAAUAAAGGAUUUGGAUAAAUAUUCUCACGACAAAAUGCUGGCUGACUACAAGAGGCGAGCUGCCUUCGGGUACAUGAUCGCCAGUUUUUUCAUGCCGGUUAUGCUCGGCUUUAUAAACGUUGAUUUCGAGACCAUUUUUCGCGAUCCGCUUGCCCAAGUACCCGAAGUCAUGAAAGCGGGCGGAGAAUUUAUGACGGAAAUCUUUGCUCAGAUGAUCCUCGAGCUCAAAGCCUUAGGAAGUUUCGAUCACGUGAUUUAGCCAUUCGUCCGAUUGCAGCGAAACAGAAUCUGCAAUCGUUCACUUUUACACUUUUUUAUAAACGAGUCACACAGUAUUAAGGAACGAUGUACAAAGUAUAUUGCAUAAUAAAAAAAACCUGUCGAGUUCUA